AUGUUGAUGUUAUACUCUUCUGCGAUAAGAAGGUUCGGCACCUGCUCCAGGAGGCUAACGAAAAUCGAUUGGCGAAAAGAAUUUGAGUCUCUUCACAUUGAUGAUGUGAAGCCCCUUCCGAAACUCCGAACGGUGGAAAUCUCAGCUCAGGUCAUCAAGCCCACCAGAGGCAUUGAGAUCAACCAGAACAAGUCACCAUUGAUCCUCAUACACGGUCUUUUUGGGGCAAAACAAAACUAUGCUUCAGUUGGAAAGCAGAUUUCUUCGCUAACGCAACGAGAAGUAAUUGGUCUAGAUAUGAGAAACCAUGGUGCAUCACCUCAUGCUGCUCCUCAUACCUACAUGGCAAUGGCCAGGGAUACCAUUGAGUACCUCGAGAAGCACGUUAGAGUUCCAGUCGCUCUAGCUGGUCACCUGAUGGGUGCUAAAGUGUCAAUGCUUGUCGCCUUGCUUCGUCCUGAGCUUAUAGAGAAACUUGUGGUCAUUGACAACAGUCCUGCUUCAGAAAAACUAGACCAGCAGUUUUAUCGAGGUCUUUUGGGCUUAUGUCACCUCGAGCGCGAUAAGAGCUUGCCGGGUUUACCUAAGACGGCGUUGCAUGCCAAGAUGGACAAAAUCUUGUUGAAGUAUGAGAAGGACAAAUUGGUCAGACUCUUUCUCUUGUCAAACUUAUGCAAGAGGACUACAAAGCAUGAUCUGCUGCCGAUCAAGUUUAGAGUGCCAGUAUUGAACUUCUUGAAGGACGAUGUGCUUCGAGAAUUGGGAUUGUGGCCAGAGGACGUGAAGGGGAAGAAAUUCCAUGGUCCGGUGAAAGUUAUGAAAGCAGCAGAAUCAAAUUUUAUCCAGGAGCACAACAUAUCAGAAGACUUUCCCCAUUACUUCGAUAGUUUUGAUGUUUCGGUCUAUGAGUGUGGACACUGGUUAGUGAGCGAGAAACCAGAACAGUUCGUGAAGGAGAUGAUUGAAUUUUUAGACGAUUCUUCGCAUGCUCAGUGA